AAACCAAGAGAAUAAGUUCUCAUACAAGAGCACACGAGAGAGAGAGAGAGCUAGAGAGAGAGAUGGUGUGGAGGAAGUGCUAUCUGGAUUUGGUCUUGGUGCCAUUAGGGUUUCUGGCCACCUUUGUUUAUCAUAUUUGGUUAUGGCAUAGAGUUCGAACCCAGCCCUUCACCACCACCAUUGGAACCAAUUCCGCUGGUCGACGUUUAUGGGUUGUGACGAUGAUGAAGGAUAAUGAUAAGAAGAAUAUAUUGGCCGUUCAGACCAUUCGAAAUGCAAUUAUGGGUUUGACCCUGAUGGCCACCACAUCGAUCCUGCUUUGUUCCGGCUUAGCUGCAGUCAUCAGUAGCACAUAUAGUGUUAAGAAACCACUUAAUGACACUGUCUAUGGGGCGCAUGGUGAAUUUAUGGUGGCCUUGAAAUAUGUCACUCUCCUCUUUAUCUUUCUCUUUGCAUUUCUAUGUUAUUCUCUAUCUAUUAGGUUUGUGAAUCAGGUGAACUUCCUCAUCAACUCCCCGCAGGACCCUUUGGGCAUAGUGACUCCAGAAUAUAUCUCUGAACUACUGGAGAAAAGUUUCACCCUCAACACUGUUGGCAACAGGCUUUUCUAUUCAGCCUUACCUCUUCUUCUUUGGAUCUUUGGUCCAGUACCUGUCUUCUUGAGUUCAAUAGCCAUGAUUUUAAUACUAUACAAUCUAGAUUUUGUUUUUGGGACUGGGAAGAGUGGGGUCAAGGGAAAGGUGGGCGAGAUGGACAAUGAUUUUGUAUCACUGUGAAUGAGACAAUUAUCAAAGUGUUCUAUCAGAUUGAUUGUAUCAGAUGGGUUCCUUUGGUAUAUAUGCACUCAAAGGCUCUACAACUGACUGAAUGUGAAGACAUGUUGCUUUC